AUGAGUCAGUUAGAAAAGGAAUAUGGAGAUCUUUCAAUAGCCAUAACAACACAUGGAGAAUCCUGGCACAGAGAAAUUGACAAUCUUGUCGAGAAACUUAAAGCUAAAGAAGCUGGAUCCUCUCCUCCAAUCAAACAGCUGCUUGAUGAACCAGAGACUGUAACCACCAUAGAGACAAAGUACAAAACUAACCUUGAAAGUGUGGCCUGUCUGAGUGAUAAAGAAAUCUGGUCAUGUGGGGAUGAUAACACCAUGAAACUCUACAGCAUCAAUCAGGGAUCACUACUCAAGUCAAUCACAACCAAGUACACUGGACAUACUCCUACUCCAAAGAACCAACCAUUUGAUCCGUUAGAAAUCACCUCAGACAGUCAGAGUCACAUCCUUACAGCUGAUUAUAAGAAUGAAUGUGUCCACAUCAUUGACCAGGAUGGACAGUUCCUCCGUAACAUACAAUGUGGACUGAGUAAACCCAUAGGACUAUCUGUAGAUACAAAUGAUAAUUUGUUUGUUGCUCAAAGUUUAAACACACAAGUGAAAAAAAUCAAAUACAUGUAUCCACAGUGA